AUGCUUUACUUCAAGUUUAAGCCCCCAGAAGACAUUGUAUGUGCUCAUAUACUGGGUACAAAUACACCAUUUGAUCGCCACCACUAUCAUCCCCAUCGUCAAACUGGAACUGGGGUCCCUCGGCUUUACUUCUCGUUCUUCUAUCCUGAAUUGUACGACCGUCGUGUAUUGCCCAUAACUCUACGUAUUGUUGCUGUGGAAGUCAGUAAUCCUCAAACAAAUACAAUGCCCGCACAGCACAUUGCUUUGUCAACGGGGCGAUCUACCCAGAGGCACCUUGAGCUUCCCAGGAGAGGGCUCCGAUUACAACCUGAGCAUUACAUCAGGCGUGAUACUGGAGAAUUAGUUCCCCUCGUCCCUGCUGACGAGCUGCCAUUCGAGUUCCAUGGGUUAUCGAGGUGGUUGAGCUCCGUCGAAAGUUCGAGGAUGGUUUUCUUGGGACAAAAAGGCCCAUGGACUGGGUACUAUCGAAUGAAACAACCCAAGUCCUCGGUCCUUCCAGAGCAGUCCGGUGCCCAAAACGGUCCUCCCAGGAACCAAGACCUUAAAACAUCCCGAGAGUUAUCAGGAGAUUCCAUUGGUAGAGAUCCUGCAUCAGAGCCGGUUGUUUCCAACACCACCGCCGGCACUCCAUCAGAAGCAGCCACCUCACAGGUUCGGUCAAGGCCAUCAAUGCUGUUGGACUCUCGGCACCAGCUAUGCCACAACUGGAUCAGGGGUCAUUGCAAGUUUGACCUAAAUUGCCAUCGCCUCCAUCAGAUGCCUGAAACGACAGAAGAAUGGCAGGACAUAGUAUUGCAAGGGAUCCUGCACCGAGGAGGAAGUUCCAAGGGUGUGGACAACCCUCAUAAACCGGCUCGCCAUAAUAAGCCGCAAUCAGAGCUGGAUGUUCUGAACCGAGAAAUUGUGUUCUUGAGGCAGGCACUCGCGAACCAGUCUCAUAUAAGGAAGGGAAGGCACCAAAAAGCGCCGCGCGCUGGUGUUCGUGACAUUGAAGCGCGGCUCAUUCAGAAAGUGCUUGGUGAUAAAGAUGUGAAGCGGAGCUUAGACGGAGAAGCGGAAUUGGGAAGGGGGCAAGGACAAAAAGAUUCCACUGCAUUAGGCAAGGAGAGAAAGGAAGGAGCCGGCGCCCAGACUGCAAGCAAUCAGCCGAUAGCUUCAAAGACAGAAGGAGUUAGAACUGGGCACCUCGUUGACGUGAAGUAA